AUGCCGCGCGAGGGGUUCGACAGAGCACAACGACCCAAAACAUCCGACACAAUCGAUCUCACCCUCUCUCCGCCCAGUAACCGCCGCCAAUCCGCCCCUCUUCAUCCUCCUCCCCACUCGCCUGCCUUUCCUCGCGAGUUCGACCACCGCAACUCUUCUCACCGGCAGUCCUACCCUCCUCCGCCGCCCGUACCGCCCUUCGUAACAGGCGCGAACGCCGUCGGACCCGUCACCUCGCAGUACUUUCCUCGAGCGCACGAACAACCUCCUCCUCACGCUUCGCCUUCGACCUCUGGUUCUGUCGCGCACCUCGCGCACAACUUUCGCAACAAGACCUCGACGCCGCAGCAGUACCAUCACGCUCCGAACCGGUCGCUGCCGAAGCAAAGCCCGGCUCCUGCGCAGUUACCGCUUCAACCCGCUCCUCCGGGUCACUACCCUCCUCCGCACCAGCAUCAGCACCCUCGAGCCGGGAACGACUAUCGCUCCGUCCCUCAGCCGUACCAGUACCCUUCGCAUUCGCAGUCGCAGCCAAGGUCGUCAACUACACCUGGCCUUCACGACGCAGCUUCCGGCGGCGUUCGCGGCGUCUUUCUCAAGCAGCAGACCAAGUACCUGUACGCCCCGCGCGUCGAUCAGGCUCCCUCGCCUUACACGCCUGCGAUAGCUGGCGGUCGAACGCAUCAAGUUCCGACUUACGGCGUCCCUACAGCUUCAUCUUCGUUCUCCUUGACUGUCCCGUCCCAACAGCGCGCCCAGUCGUCCGCCUCUCGCCUCCCGCAAAACUACCGGACCAGCCACUCUCCACCUCGCCACUCCCCUCCCUCCGCCUCCAUCCCGUUCGGUCUUCCCACUUCCGCAGCCUCCGCUCCUCGCGCCGAACAGUCGUCCAAGUCGCGCGUCAUCGAUAUCCUCGACGACGAGGACGAGUCGACGCCUGCACCAGCGCACAUCAGCGAACAAGCUCUUGCGAACGAGCUCUUCCCGUCUGGCGAGAUCGACGAGGACGAGAUGUCACGACGGGGCAUUGUCUUUCAGCCACAGGACCCUGAGGUUGGAAUGAGGUCAUUUCAAGGCGUUGGCGGCGCGGGAUGGGAAAUUGGAGGCGACUUCUACGCAGACGGGAAUGACGGGCGGCAGACUCGACAAGGAGCGUCUUCGUCUGCGGCGAAAGGGAAAGGCAAGGCGCCGUCGAAACCGCCUUUCAAACUCGGCCUCGCACCCGGUUUUGACGCAGCGGUCAAGAACAGCGUCUCGCCGUCGAACAAGGGCGGUGGGCGGAGAACGCAGAAGGAGGCGAUCCAGGGCAUGCCUCGGAUCAACAAGACUGCACGCGACUCGCACCCGCUCGGCACGGUCGCGCCCACCAACUUCCAUCAGCCCGCCGCCUCGACCUCUUACGCUGCCCAGCAGAAGCCCUUCAAGCCGCCGGUCAUGUCGCAGAACGCGCCGCUCACGACGCAGGAGAUUGACGGGCGCAAACGGCAAGCAGAAGUCGCGCGCAGCAUAAACGGCGCCGACAAGGGGAAGGGGAAGGGAAAGGAGAAGGCCACUGCGGCUGUCAUGGAGCUCAGCUCCGACGAGGACGGCGACGACGGGGUUAUGCUUGCGCACGCGCACCGAGACGAGGACCCGAACGACCCGAUCGUCGACGACGACGACCGUCGUACUGCGAACGGCCGCCAAGGCAGCCAUCGACGGUACAGCGAGUCCUACGCGUCGGCGAGUCGGACGCCGAGUAAGAAGAAGGGUCGGCAGAGCUUCCACGUCGGCGACCGCUUCGACGAGUCGCAGGAAGCGAGUUCGCCGGAUCCGAUCGGCAUGACCGGUCCAUCGAAGGAGCGCGCUCACGUCGGCCAGCUUCAAGCGUCGAGCGAAAUCGUCGACAAGGUUCUCGCCGGGCGCAAAGGGCAGGUCAGCGCGCUUGUGCAGCAAUUCGACAAGCCGAAAGCAUCGCUCGCCCAGAGCAUGCAGGGCAAACGGCGCCAGCACGACCCCGAUGGAGGACCGACGGACGACGGCGAGAUGGCCGCGCCAAAACCCGCCAAGAAGCCGCCGCGGGCCUCUCAACAGGUUCAAGCUGAUGUCUGCUCCGUCAAGGUCGAGCCGUAUAUGCUCGGUCGACGAGCAUUCGCUGCCGAGCACAUCGUCAGCGAUUACAGCCUCAUCUUCAACCGCCGCGGAAACCCGAAGAGUUGGAAGCUCGCCAUCCAUCGCCACCCGCCGCAGCAAGAGCCGGAAGAAGUCGGAUCCGACAUCAAAGCUGAGCACCUGCAGUCGAUCGAGUGGUCGACCACCGACGGCGAUACAACCCGACCUUUCGUCUUCCUCCAGUUCAACAGCAAGGGGAAGAAGAUCGUGAACGAGCUGACAGCUGAUUGCGAAGAUCCGGGUGACGACGCGACUGUUUUGUUCAUUCUCGAACAGGCCCCGCAGUCCGGCUGGCAGAACGACUCGACAUCCGAAUCGCGAACGCAAGAAGACCUCUUCUAUCGGGGACUGCGCGACUGGGGCCUUCAAGCCGACAUUUCGUUCACGCGUUGCGGUGCUGGCAAAGCGAUCAUGCUCUGCGAUCUGUUCGGCCGCGGGAAGGCGGAGACGGCGCGGCAUCUCGGCAAACUCAAGAGAAGCGGCGCGAAGGGCAAGAAGCCGUCAGGGAGGGGGGCUCUUGACCCUCAACAGUCGAAGCUCUCCUUCGUCGCUGCAGCAAGCACCAGCCCGACGACCCGACGCCUCGUGCAGGAUGAGGACGGAGACUACUGGGAGGCCGUGCAACGCUCGCUGAAGGAUCAAGGAGGGCGACCCGACGACGACGAGCUGGAGGUCGUGACCGACCUAGGGCCUGCGCGGCGACGAAGCGGUCGACCAUCGACCUCGACUCUCGCUAGCUCGUCUCGCAACGAGGCCGCCGAGAUGAACCGGCGGUCAUCGACCCAGGCCGCGCCGAAGUCUCCGUCGCCGCCACCGAUGAGCGAGGAGGAGCGCAAGUGGGAGGAGUGGUGGAAAGCGGAAGACAAGACGCACAAGGCUGAGCAAAUCGUCGUCGAGUACCCGGUCAGCCAACCUGGCGGCGUCUCCCUUCCGUGGGCGGACAUCAAGCGCCUCAAGCCGAACGAGUUCUUGAACGACACGCUCAUCGAAUUCGGGCUCAAGCACGCCAUGCAGGAGGUCAUGAAGGCCGACGAAGGACGUCCGGACGACGAGAAGCUGGCGCCCAAGAUCCACCUCUUCAACUCAUUCUUCUACUCGCAGCUUUCGACGCGCAAGGACAAGAAGAACGACCCGUACGCCCUCGUCGAGAAGUGGACGAAGAAGGUCGACAUCUUCGACAAGCGCUUUAUCGUCGUGCCGAUCAACGAACACUUCCACUGGUACCUCGCCAUCAUCUACAACCCCGCCGCCAUCCUCCGCGAGCACGACAAGCCUCCGCCUCCCGAACCUCGCCAAUCCGGCCGCAAGCGCACCUCCAUCGCGGGCAGCGAGUCCGUCUCCGCCUCGCCCAGCGUCUCGCGUGCCGAGUCGCCCGAGCAGACCAGUCGUCACUUCGACAAGAAGGCGGACGGCGCGGCCGACGUCGAGAUGCAGGACGGCGAGGCUGCGAAUGGCGAUGCGGACGCGCAGGUGCAGGACGAGAUUGAGGAGGAGCAGGAGCAGCGUCACCGCCGGGGAGUCGAGGAGGAGGUGCGCCAGAUGGAGGCGAGAAAGCAGUCGCUCCAAGCGGAUUCGAUGCCGCAGCAGGAGGCCGAGUCGUCGCAGCGGGACAAGAUGAUCGUCGAGUCGUCAAUUCGCGAGGGCGAAGCGACGGAGAUGCAAGUCGAUGGCUCUCCAGAGCUUGGCGAGCCUACAGCACCAGCCGAUGCGAUGGCUGUCGACGCUGAGGAGGCCGACAUCGAGGUUACGGCUCCACGACCCGAAGUCGAGGGUGGCGGCAGGAAGUCGUCUACGAGCGCAAACGAAGACCGCAAACGGAGCGUCUCGCCGCCGCGCAGCCGUCUCAGACGCGGUACUCGCGAAGGCUCGGUCGUCAUCCAGGGCGAUGCACUGACCUCCGCACAACCGGGUCAGGCAGCGGACGACGACGACGACCUCCCGGCGCCUGCAGACCUUGUCAGGGGCGCGGAGCCCGUCGCGGCUGCUUCUAUCACCAUCGACGACGACGAGUCUGCGCCGACUCAGUCGCAAGAAGUCGGCGCGACCUCAGCUCCGAUGCGCAAGAAGCGGUCGGGAUCGUCGUCGACCGGCACAGAGGCCGUCUCCGCCGCCGCAGCGUUUGCCGAACUCAAGCCUACCGCGUCGACAUCGAAGAAGCGCAAGGCUCAGCAGUUCGGUCCGGCUGACCCCGAACCGAAUCGCGUGGAAGACCUAAAGCGCAAGAAGGAGGAGGAGGAGACGCAGAAGCUGCUCGACUUUUCUGCGCGGGUCACCUCGCUCGUCGACGAUCGCAAAGUCGACAUGGACAAGUGCUACAUCUUCACCUUCGACUCGCUCGGCGACGCGCACGCUCCAGUCGCGAGGCGCUUGAAGGAGUACCUCAUCAGGGAGGCCGAGACGAAGAAGGGCAUGGACAAGGAGAAGCUCUCGGACCACCUGGUCGAGACGGUCCGCGUCGAGGUCCCGCAACAACCCAACUAUUGCGACUGCGGCCUCUACCUCCUCCACUUUGUCGAGGUCCUCUUCCGCGACGCCGACCGCAAAGUCCGCGAAAUUCUCGCCAUCCACCAAACGAUCAACGGCAAGCGCCCUCGGAACGACCAGGCCUUGCGGCAAUACCGCAACGAGAUGUGGCAGUUUGAGGCGGCGCAGAAGAAGAGGACGACGAUGUUGGAGCAGGUCACGGAGUUGAUGGAGGUGUGGAAGAGGGAUGUCUUGCCGCUGCGCGAGCAGGCGGAGAGGGAGAAGGAGGAGCGGAGGAGGAAGCGGAAGGAGGAGAAGGAGCAGCGGGAUGCGAUCGAGGCUGCGAGGCGGGCGGAGCAGGACGAGGCGCAGGAGGCGGCAGCGUCGCAAGCUCCACCGGCGGCUGCUCAGCACCAGGACCACCCUGCCAGCGACGCAGACGCCGAAGCUCCUCCGCCGGCACAAGGCUCGACCUCCGCUCUCUCUCGCCAGCAGACCCCUCCGCCUACCCCUCCAGCUCCCGCCGCCAACACCCGAUCUGGCAAGUCGCGCGCCAAGGGAAAGUCGACGAAGAGCGAGACCGAAGUCCUCGAGCUCAGCGACGACGCGACUUGCUCGACGUCGGGUUCGCCCGUCAAGCAGUCGAGCCAGUACUUCGCCGACCUUACGCCGCUCAAGGGUGGCGACCUUGUCAACCGUGCUGAAGCGGGAACGCCGCCGGGUGCGCCGCCGCCGCGUCGCGCGAACGCGAUGAACGGAGACGCCGCCGACGCCUCGACAUCGGCUGCAGUCAAGCCCGCCUCUACCGCUUCCGCUUCGCUCGAAGAAGAGAUGCUCAUCCGCCCGACGCUCCACGGCUCCGCACCGUCGUCGACCGUCGCAGGCCGCAAGCGGCUUCACGAGGACCGCGCCGCUCCCAAUCCCGAGAGGCCCUUCGAUAUCCCCAAGUCGGCUCCUACAUCGACCUCUUCCGCUCCUCCCGCUCGUCCAUCAUCGGCACCCAUCAACUCGUCCGUCGCGACCGUGGCGCUCGCCGCACUGGGAGGACGGCUCACCGUCACCCAGACCGAGUCCCCCGCUCAUGCCUCCGCCUCGACCUCAAUCUCGCAAGUCCAGCCGAUGCAAGUUGACGACCCUCCUUCCCCUCCCGCUCCCAACCUCGCAGCCCUCGCAGACCCGGACACGAUCGGCGACUUGCCGGAGACGGAGACACAGCCGUCGCAGGCCUCGGAGACCGACCGAGACGGCAGCCAGAGCCCGCCGCGGAAGAAGGCGAAGCGGGCGGUUGCGCCGGCUGAGGUGGAUAGUCGACGCGUGGAGGAGAGCAGCGGGGAGUCGAUGGAGCGGCAGCGGGAGAGGGAGAUGGAGGGGUCGCAGGAACUGUUUGGGCCGGUGGAGGAGCGCACGGGGCAGGGUGAGCUGCCGCCGUCGAAUCAGCAGCAGGCGACGGAGGAGCAGCCGCAGCAGGAGGAGGAGGCGAGUGCGUCGCCGAGCAAGAAGAAGGGACGUGGCGGCGGCAAGGGCAAGAAGAAGGGCGGCGGCAAGGCGGGCAAGGCUGCGGAGAAGAAGCCGGCUGUCGUCACGCUCAGCGACAGCGAGGACGACGAGGAGGAGAAGUAG